AUGGAUAACGUUGUAAGUGAAAAUUCGCAAAUUGAAAUGACUUCUAAUAAUAAGAAAGAAAUGGAAGGAACAGCAUUGGCCGUCUUAAUGAAAAAUAGCGCUCAGGUAUUCGGAAGCGCUGAAAACGUUUUGAAAAAACGAUUAUUUGCCGAUGUCACCAACUGCCAAAAUAGCAAAUGUCAAAGGCGAAAUGUUCAAAAGAAUGACCGACUGCAAACUUCCAUCACGGAUUAUGCUGUCGUCAAGCAUAAGCAAUCAAAUUUUGAAAAUUUCAAGAAUGAAGAAGCUGCGAAAAGCUUGAAACAAAGUGAAUGUAUUGCUAAGAUAUCCCUUUACUCUCCUCGGUCAACUUCUGAAAUGGACACAGAAGAUCAAAUGAUGGACGAUUCACUGUGUUCCAUUCAAAAUGACAGUGAUAUCGAAAUGCAUGAAUUACAAAGUCGCUUUAGUCAGACACUCGGGAAGCGUUUCAGUGUGGCGCAACAGGAUACUCGCAAAAAUAUGCAAGAACCAUUGAUUAAACGGCGGAAAGAAGAUGAAAAGGAACAAUUAGAAACAGAAGCUGAAAGUAGCAGCAAAGAGCAAAAUAAGGAAAAUGAAAUGGAAAAGGCAAACGAGAAUGUGGAUUGUUUUUUUAAAUCUAAAUAUUCAUUAGUAACUGUACAAAAACCAUGCAUCCUCACAGCUGGCUUUGCAUGCAUUGAAAAAGUCGUCCUGAAAGAGUUGCUAGGAUCAAUGAAAUCUCAGGAAUUCAUCGAGAAAUACGCUCUUAUCGAUUGCCGAUAUCCAUAUGAAUAUGAAGGUGGACAUAUUAAGGGAGCGUUAAAUAUUUAUGAUCCUGUAGCACUGGAAAAUACUUUUUUUCCUGAUUGUUCAACUAAAUUUAAAAUAAUGGCUAAAAAAAUUCCAAUAUUUUACUGCGAAUAUUCAAGUGCUCGAGGGCCAAUGCUUGCAUCACAUUUACGGAAAAGUGAUCGUGUCCGGAAUUAUUCCAAAUAUCCAUUUCUGUAUUACAAUGAAAUCUACGUUUUACAAGGAGGCUAUAAUGCUUUCUAUAAUACUGACGAUAAUUGUUUCAAGGAUUUAUGUGAGCCAAUAGGUUAUGUGUCUAUGCGAGAUAAGAAGCACUCGGAUGUACUCAAAACAUAUCAUAUGCAUAAUAUGCGGAAUGGAGUUGGUUUCGAAACCGGAAUGUUUCAAACAGCAGUAAUUAGAAAAAAUACCGAUUUUCGUCGAACAUAUUCAGUUCCACAGAUGCCAGAAUCACCAACUGCUUCAGAAUUUUCUUCUGAACGAUCUCCCGAAAAGAUUCGUCCUGAAAUUGCUACAGUACCAAUGCUUGCUAAUCCACGUACACCAACCGGACGCAAAAAUACUCGUUGA